CGACAGCGCCGUGACAUGGCGCGACAGCCCGGGACAGCGCCGCGACAGACCCGAGACACCCCGGUGACAGCCCGGUGACAGCAGCAGCGGCGGGGACGCGCCGGGCCCCGGCCCGCUGCCACCGGCACCAUGCAGAUGACCUUCUACUUCUCAGACACAGCAGUGCUGCUCUUUGACUUCUGGAAUGUCCACAGCCCCACAGGGAUGGUGCUCUCGGUGCUGGUGAUCCUGCUGCUGUCCGUGCUCUACGAGGCCGUGAAGAUGGGCAAGGCCGUGCUGCUGCAGCGGGCACUGCUGGCCCUGCCCCGCAGCCUCAGCCAGGAGGCCCUGAGCGAGCCCCCGGAGGAGGACAGCAGGGACAGCAGCCCUGCACAGAGCAGGUGGUUUUGGUUCCACGUGGGCCAGACGCUGUUCCACGUGCUGCAGGUGGUGCUGGGCUAUAUGGUGAUGCUGGCUGUCAUGUCCUACAACGGCUGGAUCUUCCUGGGGGCCAUCGCUGGCUCCACACUGGGCUAUUUCCUGGUGUACCCCUGCUGGGCCGGGGCUAGAGCCCCCUGCCCUGGUGGCACACGUGUCCCACCUCCUGCUCCUUUGUCUGGAAUAGCUGCUGUCACUUCUGCUGGGUCUGCCUUUGUCCCCUUGCUCUGUGGGACACAGAACCCCAAGGACUGGCCCCACUCUGGGGAUGGGGAGCCCCAUGGCCAGCACUCACCAUGCUGCCACUGGCCUCGGCUGGUGGCUGUCCCCGGGCUCUCAGGGACCUCUGUCCGGGUGAUGACACCAGGGGGUGCUGGCAUUUCCUCCCCUCUCUGCUUUUCAAGGAGGUUCAUCCUGGCUGGAACAGGAAGGAUCCGGUGACUUGCUGGGGACAGGGACCCAGAGCUGCCCUGCACCAAGCCCCUCUUCACACAGUGCCUUUGGGGACACUGGAGGGUCCUGCCACCCCUGCCCUGCUCCUGCGCAGCGCUUCAGGGACGGGGCUGGAGCAGCCCCUGAGCCGCUGGUGUGGCUGUGCCAGGGGGAAAUGCUGCUCCAGGUGCCUCUUGCUGCUUGCUCAGGACACCCCUUUUAAUAAAAUCAUCUCAGCUCCA